AAAGGCAGAGUUUUUAUAGAGCUGAAUAAGUUCGAGGGAAUAAAUUAGGUACGGUAACAAAUAAUUAAGUUCAUUUUACGAAGUCGAAAGUACUGAAUUACCGGUACUGUUUUUUAUCAUUUCUAAAUAAUAUUAGUGAGGUUGAGGAUGAAUAGCACAAUGAUGGGUGCCUGCCCGGGACACGCUGGACCGCCGGGCAUGGCUGGAAUGCUGUUUGGUAUGCUUAUCGGAUGGCUAGCAAAAUCUCAGUGUGAGAUAGGCGACACAUCCAUCUACCCAUCCGACCUGGUCGUUCCAACGGGGGAGGACUACGACUUCAUAGUGGUGGGAGGGGGUUCGGCGGGAGCCGUGGUGGCCAGCCGGCUGAGCGAGGUCGCCAACUGGAGGGUUCUGCUGGUGGAGGCCGGAGGUGACCCCACACCUACGUCAGAGGUGCCCGCUCUCGCCUAUUUCAUGGACAAGGAUCUCCUCGACUGGGGGUAUCGAACCAUGCCUGUCAAGGGUAUCUGUCAGGGAUACAUAAACAAAACCUGCAACUGGAUCCGGGGGAAAGUGCUGGGGGGUACAAGCACCCUCAACUUCUUGAUCUACGCUAGAGGACACAAGUUGGACUACGACAAGUGGGAAGCGAUGGGAAACGAAGGGUGGAGCUACAACGAUGUCCUUCCCUAUUUCAAGAAAUCAGAGGACAUCCGAGUUGCCAAACUGCUGGACAGCGAAUACCACGGUAGGGGAGGAUAUCUGGGCAUUGAGGAUAUGGAGGAUCCAGAGUUCAGUGAGGUCAGUGACAUGAUACUGAAGGCGGCCAAACAGAUGGGUUUCGAAACAGGACAUGAUUUAAACGCGGAACGGCCCUCGGGGUUCUCCAUGAACCCUGGGUUUGUUUGUGGGGGGACACGUUGCAAUACAGCUAAAGCUUUCCUAGGGCCGGCGAAAGGUAGAGGGAACCUACAUGUCAUGAAAAACGCUCAUGUAAGGAAGUUGUUAGUGGAUAAAACAGGGGUGCACGGUGUGGAAAUUAGUAAAAACGGUAAAAAAUAUCUGGUGAAGUCGAAAAAAGAAGUGAUAUUGUCAGCGGGGGUGAUAAACAGCCCUCAGAUCCUCAUGUUGUCUGGUAUUGGACCUAAGGAACAUUUGAAAGUGAAGGGGGUGAACCUAGUGAAAGAUUUGAGGGUGGGUGAGAAUCUACAGGACCAUCUCCUGCAUAUGGGGACGAUUAUUGCUAUGAAACCAUUCCACGGCUCCCACCCCAAACCUCCACCCGAGCUACUCAACGAUGUCUACAAAUUCCUGACGAAACGGGAAGGCUCCUUAGCCAAAGUGCGGGUUUCCACGUUAGUGGGGUUUGUAGACACAAGGGGGGCCGCAGAGAACUGGCCUGAUCUACAGUUCUUGAACGCUUAUUUCCCCGCCAACGAUACGAUCGGUUUAGGGGAGAUAUUGAAACGUUUGAACUUGGAUUGUGAGAUAACUGAGACGAUGUUGGAGGCUAACAAGGUUUACGAUCUCAUGUUUUUCACGCCAGUGUUGCUGCGACCUGAAAGCAGAGGUAGGAUACAGUUGUACGACAAAGACCCUUUCUCACAUCCGUUAAUCUAUUCCGGUUACAUGAGUAACUACGAAGAUGUCAAAUCUAUAAUGAGAGGUGUUAAAUUUGUGGAGAAAUUCUUAGUCACCGAUGCGCUGAAAGAACGGGAUGCAUUUAUGUUGGAGGUGAAAUACGAUAAAUGUAAAGAACAUGAGUUCGGUUCAGAAGGUUACUGGGAGUGUGCACUGAGGAUGGUGGGGAGCACUUGCUACCAUCCAGUGGGGACUUGCAAGAUGGGUCCAGCUACUGAUGACCAAGCAGUGGUUGAUGAAAGACUGAGGGUCCACGGCAUCAAGGGGCUCAGAGUAGCGGAUGCCUCCAUCAUGCCUACAAUUGUCAGCAGUAAUACCAACGCUCCCACCAUUAUGAUCGGGGAAAAAGCGGCUGAUCUUAUCAAGGAAGACUGGAACCAAAAAUAAAAGACGAACUGUGAACUGUGAUGAUGAAGCCUUGCAGAAUACAGAACUGGUAACAAAAUAGUAGCUACUAGUGAUCGAAAUCUAGGGAUGAUUUUCUCAUAGAUUUUUGAUGCCGUUUACAACAGAUUGUCAAUACAACAUUCAUUAUAAUAUUGCAUUUUUUCAUAGAAUAAAAGGUACUACUAACAAUUACUGUAUUAAACAACCAAUUCAAAUAGGCCUUAUAGAAAUAAAAUGAGAAAAAGGCUAUAACUAAUAUUGUUAUAGCUAUAUUGUUAUUGACUACCUAUAUAUAGUCCUACAAAUGUGAAAUCUUGUAUUAAAAAACCAAUAUUCAAAUAGGCCUUAAAGAAAUAAAAUGAGAAAAAGGCUAUAACUAAUAUUGUUAUAGCUAUAUUGUUAUUGACUAUAUAUAGUCCUACAAAUGUGAAAUCUUGUAUUCUCUUCACAUAUUAAUUAUCUGCUCUAUCUAUGUAAACUAGCAUCUAGUUGAAUUGAAUUGCUCCCUUUAUUAAAAACACUGGAGGGCGAAGUUAGGGCGCAGCCGGCCCUCUCUUACACUUAACCCUCCAUACAAUUCUAGUUCUGAGAAUAUGAGUGAGAAAAAAGUUCUUCAGCUUUACUCAUAUAUGAAAAAAACGAUUUAUUCAUUCACAUGUAGUCACACUAUUAUUCAAAAAAUUAUUGAUUUUUCAUGUUUAGUUAUUCAGUUUGUGAAUGUUAUUAGAACAUUUUGUCUAAACCUUAGAAAUAUUUAUAGGAUUAAGUUAAUUAUAUGACAGUGUGUAUCAGUACCUUGAAUUGAUCUGAAAUAUGAGUUGAUUGAAGUUUAGUUUUUGAUCAAAUAGAAUUCUAUUUUUCUACUAGGAUGUGUUAUAUGGGAAAUAAUAGCAAUAAACCCGAUUUCUUUA